GACUAAUCUCUUUUAUUUACACGAUCUGUCGUAUGACUUCGCGCUCGAUCGAUCGGUCGAGACUUUCUCUACGAAAUUCUGAAGUAAUGGUCAUUUUACAUCCGUCAGUCACACAUAACCACAAGCCUUAGUAAAAUGGAAACAACACCUUGUGGAAGUAGAAUUAGGUGAAGGGUGGUUUAAAACACGAGGGAGGAGAUCGAUUUUUCUUGGCACAUCACGGUAACUCCGAAAGUCCGAGGAUCAUCAUGAGCGGCGAGUGUGUUGAGGAUGUCAUCAGCGGGGUUGUCGGCCCGGGCGACGGUGGGGCUGCCGCGGUGGUCGCGCCCCGAGUGGAUCGCGCCGGUGACACGUUCCUGAAAAAUGUCAACCCGAACAGCUUUGCUUUUAAAUAUUUCUUGUCGGCCUGUGCAGCUACAGUUGCAGAAACAGUAACUUACCCAUUGGACCUGACAAAGACCAGAUUGCAGCUGCAGGGAGAGCAUGCAGCAGCAAGGCAUUAUGGGGCCACGGCGGAAGCCGUUCCGUACAGGGGGAUGGUCAGGACAGCCAUGGGUGUCGUGCAAGAAGAAGGUCUGUUAAAGCUGUGGCAAGGAGUAACUCCAGCGAUAUACAGACAUAUCGUGUAUACGGGGUGCAGGAUGGGUGCCUAUGAAUACAUCAGGGAAAAUGUGCUCCACAGAAACGCAGAUGGAAACUUUGCAGUUUGGAAAGCUGCAUUGGCUGGGAUGCUUGCUGGGGUCAUAGGUCAAUUCAUCGCCAGCCCUACUGACCUGGUCAAAGUUCAGAUGCAGAUGGAAGGACGGAGGGUACUGGAGGGCAAACCCCCUAGAGUGAAGAGUGCCUUUCGUGCAUUUUCCAACAUUCUGAGGGAAGGUGGGGUUCCUGGGCUCUGGAAAGGCUGGGCCCCAAACGUCCAGAGAGCAGCACUAGUCAACAUGGGAGAUUUGGCCACGUAUGACUUAUCCAAACAUUUCCUACUCAGGCACACCAAACUCACCGACAACUGGCUCACGCACAGCCUAGCGAGUUGCUGCUCCGGUCUGGUUGCAGCCUCUCUGAGCACCCCGGCCGAUGUGAUCAAGACGCGGGUCAUGAACCAGCCUACGGACCCCAGUGGGCGGGGCCUGCUGUACAGGUCUUCCAUAGACUGCCUGCUCAAGUGUGUGCACAACGAGGGCUUCUGGACGUUGUAUAAGGGAUUCUUCCCUAUCUGGGCGAGGAUGGCGCCCUGGUCUCUGACGUUCUGGGUCUCCUACGAGGAAGUGAGGCGACUGACAGGAGUUACUUCCUUUUGAUUGUUGAGCAAAACAAAAUUCCCAACAAAUUUUUCUGACUGGUUUCAUGGCAGUAUUCAGGGCCGUGUUUUAUAAGCUGGUGCCUUAAUACCCGUUAUGGCAUGACAUUAUGCAGCUGGAUGUGCGAACUACCAACCGUGAGGCCAGUCCCGAUGACAAGCGUGAAUCAGUGAUAUCAGUUAUUGUGUGGCAUUGUGUAAGAAGCCGUCCUCAGUUCGGUCAGCGACUGACUUUUCAGGUUCAAUCUGCACCUGAGCUAUGGUCGUCGGGAGACAUAUCAGUUGCCGAUUUUUUGCAACCCGAGUGUAACUGUGACGAUCGGCAUCAGUCGGCGCUAAACAAAACAGUCAACAGUCGCAAGAGUAGAAAAAGUUCAACUUCUGCGCCUUGACGGAAGUUACGAACGCCGCGUGAAGUUACGAACGUCGUGCGCGCACCCGAAUCAUCUUAUUUCAUUGUGUAGCCAAUCAGCAUGCCGCAAAAAUGGUCGAAUGAACAGAUGUGGCCAUGGAAGAUCGCUUGAUUGUUAUCAACAUUUUAAGCAUUUUGAAAAAGUCACAUGAUCGCUAAUGUAUUAACCCAAGUUGGAAACUUGAGGUUUUUUUUUUCAACCAGGGGUAAGUUCGAUCAAGGACGAAUGGUUAACUAUAGUGGUUGGUUCAUGACGUACAUAGCACUGAAGUUGAAGUGCGAAUGACUCUAGUCGAACUAUUGUCACGUCAACGACCGUGAGAAAAUGGCGGUCGCACAUUGGCUAAAGAAUUUUUUCAACAUUUGAGGUUCUGCUAAUUUACACAAAUAACAGUGAUUGUGUAUAAUGGGACACCUUACACAAGCGUGACAAAGUGACAGAAUUUUAAACUAACAUGGACAAACAAUGCAAUGAAAAUGAAAUUUUAACACUCACAGUUUUCGUUUUGCCGCCAUUUGAUAGUUGGUCCCCUCUGCACUAUGUUGCCAACAUCCAGCUCUAAGUUGUGGUGCGACCAGCCGCAGUAAGCUUGUCCUGAAUAGUCGACUAGCAUGCGUUCGGUCAGAGUUAGUCGAACUAUGAUUAACUAAGGUCCUUGAUCAAACUUACCCCAGUCUAAUGCAGUAAUCUGAACCAGAUUGAUGAUUGUAAGAGUGUUUAAAAGUGUGACCUGUGACUGCAACCAUGCCUAGUUGUAGUAUCUGCUGCCCUCUAGUGGUGAAAUACAAUCCCAUUGCAGCUGAGAUAUGACCCCGGUAGCCUUUGUUUGUGUCAUAACCUUCGGAAACGCCUUCCAGCAGCUGAGUUAGUUCAAAAUUUCUGUCCAUGUUGAGGAAAAAAAAUAUGAUGUUUGGAGGACAAAAUUUCCAGCUGUCGGCACCCAAACAUUUGCCUCACAAUUCAGAAUCCGUCCUUUUCUGUGUGUGUAGUACCAUAUAUAAAAAAAAAAUUAUGGACAAGUUUUUUUUUCAGCAGGUAAAAGCUCGUUGUCUCCUGUUAAAUUGCAUCUACUCGAACCACAAAGAACCGUGUAUCAACAUUUUCACUGCCAAUUUUGUGUUGAGUUUUUUUCUCCUCUUUUAUUUGAAAGUGCCCCAGUUGCACAACACAUAGCUGGACCCCUAGGUGGUUCGGCUUUGCCUCCGACUUCUAAAUCAAUGAGAGGCAAACUAAACAAAAACAUUCCAACUUUUGGCUUCAUGUCAACUGAUUGAAUGUUCCUGGAGCAUAACAGGCACGAAAAUGUAGCUGAAGUUCCAGAAGUUGGGGGCCUAAAAUCACCCUAAGACGAAGCCAAAGCUAGUCGUUUCGAAAAUGCUGCUAGUUACAUAUGGGUCAUAGGAUUUGGGGUCCCAAGUGACUCUGUCCCAAUUACUUCUGAACUUCGUAAUUUGCCACUCAAGUAUCAUUAAGAGUGACUUCAAACGAUUGUUUAUUUGUUGGGUAUCAAGACAGUUAACUAUUCAUAAUCACUCUUGGAGGACGACUGCAUUAAAGAGUGCAUCAGAAUUAUACAAUCGUAGAUGCCAGAUGCAAAAAGGACAGGAAAAUCUUGGACCCCAGAUUUAUAAAAUGACCUAUAUCUCAAUUUCAUUCCCCGGUUGAAGUGAUGUUAAAUACGCUGUCUCUAUUCGAAAAAUAAUUUCAAAUUUUGGACACUGUACAGCAGAAUAUUUGUAAAAUAAACUGUGAAUUUUAUACAUGA